UAUAAAGAAGAGUGAUUAGAAAUAGCUGAAUUUCUGUGAUUCUCUCUGCUUAAGAAGAUGCAUCCUGUUUCAGAGAACCCUAUUUUCCUGUCAGUAAACAGUGGAUCCCGUGAAGCAUGUGGCAAGUUUGCUUCUGUUUGUUUCAGAAAAGAGAUUGUGCCAAAAUGGAACGAGACUGCAUGGCCAAGAUUAACAGUUAUUGUCAGAAGAAUAAAUUUACAUUGAUUUAUAGGGACAUCCAGAAGACUGGCCCUCCUCAUGAUCCUGAAUUUACAAUUGUGGUUAAAAUAAAUAAUGAAGAAUAUGGUACAGGCACUGGUAAAUCUAAGAAAGAAGCAAAAGCAGCAGCAGCAAAAAAAUCGUGGGAAAUGAUAGAAGAAAAGCAAAGCAGAUCUUCAAAUGUGCAAAAUCCAGGAUUAAUUACAUCUCCAGUGAACUCACUACCUACACCAACAGCAGAAGUGCUACCUGCAGUCGACUACGUCAGCCUACUAAAUACAUUUUCACAAAAGAAAAUGCAAGCAGUUGAUUAUAAUGUGGUCCGACAAACUGGAGAUGGCCAUGCUUCCCACUUUUUGUGUACUUACACAAUUAGUGGUUUUGUUUAUGGAAGUGGCAUUGGAAUUUCUCAAGCUGCUGCAAAACAAGCUGCUGCAAAACAAGCAUAUGAGCGACUAAAUAAGGAAGGAGAGCUAACGGAGGGAAGGGAAACAUCUAACAUCAGUUCCACAACUAGCAAAUCUAGUAAUUCUUGUGGAAUGUCAAAUCUGUCUGACUCAAAUGGUAUUGCUUUUGAAGACUUAGGUGCAAGCUUGUUAAAGAAAAACACGGUGCUAAGUGAAAAGCCUUCACAUUCUGAGAGAAAUGCUCGAAGUUCUCUUCUGAAACCCAAAAGAAAACUGGCUGCUAAAUUUGAUAAUGAAAGAAACGAGGAGAAAGAAAGUAUGUCAGAUUCAGAUGAAAGUUUGUCAGAUUUGGACACAAAUGAAAGUGAGGAGGGUGAAAAUACAUGCACUGUGGAUAAAAGAUUUCUUAAAGAUUUUAAAAAUAUAGUUUGUAUUGGUGAAGGUGGUUUUGGGAACGUUUUCAAAGCAACUGCAAGGAUUGCUGAGAAGACCUAUGCAGUCAAACGAGUCCAGCUCACAGAGAAUGUAGAGCGUGAAGUGAAAGAACUUGCAGCACUUGACCAUGAAAAUAUAGUGCGAUAUUACAGUAGCUGGACAGGGAAGGACUAUGUAACGUAUCCGGACUCAAGGCAGAGGUCACGCGCAAAACAUAAGUGUCUUUUUAUCCAAAUGGAGUUAUGUGAACAAGGGCCACUGGAAAACUGGAUUGUAAAUAAUCGAGAAAAACGAAACUAUCAGGAUAUGGCACAAAAAAAAUUUGUACAAAUCGUGAAAGGAGUAGAAUAUAUUCAUUCUAAAGGGUUAAUUCAUCGAGACCUCAAGCCUCAGAAUAUAUUCAUAUCAAAUGAAGAUAAAAUAAAAAUAGGUGACUUUGGGCUUGUGACCUCUGAGGCGUAUAACCCUCUGACUGAAAACCGAGGAACAAAAUCAUACAUGGCACCAGAACAGUUUGGAGACAGAUAUGGAAAAGAAGUAGAUAUUUAUGCACUGGGAUUAAUUUGGUUUGAAAUUCUUUCGGCACUGGCCAGUUGCCAUGAGAAAACUAAGGUAUGGAAAGAUGUUAAAGAAGGUAACUUUCCAGAGGGCUUCACUGAGAAAUUUGCAACAGAGGCAUCUAUGAUCAAGAAGAUGCUUUCAAAAGAUUCCCAAAGACGACCUUCUACAACUCAAAUACUUGUAUUUCUUAAGUCUGUUGAUAAAGACAACCCACUUAGAGCUCAUACUCGCUAAAUGCCAUUUUAAAAGACUUGCAGAAUUGCUUUGAUCCAUGUCUUUUGAAACUGAUGAAAUAUUAUUUCAGAAACAACAGCAAAACUUACGUCUUCUCCUUGAUGCUUAGCCUUCCUGCCAUUUAUCAUAGGUCAGGGAGCUUAUUGGCUGAAAUGGUCACAUCACCAUUCAGUCCCAUCAGCUGCAGAUCAAAACACUUCCCCUGGUGCACUUCUGUAAACAUCUGCGUGUGUAUGUUUUUAACCUGGAGCCACAGGUUGCAGAUGAACUGACCUAUAUUCUUUAAUAAGUAAAGGAACCUAGUCUGUGGCUCUCAGAAGAUAAAGCUGAUAUAGUGCUAACUUCUGUGACAACUGCCUAUAUGCAUGCUCUUAACAUGUGCUGCAUGCAUUAUGGGGUCACCUGCUGCUUUCUGUGAAAGUGCUGUCUUGUGGCAUGUGAAUCAAAAUAUUUUGAUCUGUUCAUGGUGAUGUUCUUAUUAGAAUUAGCAGUAUGCUCCCUUUAAGACCACAGGAAGUAAUGUGCUGAACAGAAAGGAAAGACUAAUUUUUUUAAAAAGCUAGAAAUGGCUGUGGGUUACUUUUUAAAGUUCUUUAAGAUAUAUUUUCUUCUCUCUGACCAACUGUCCAACACCUAGCACCUUCAGUGUGCUGGACUUUAAAGAUAUGUGUGCUUUUAAAAUAAGUGUUCAUUGAGAAUUUAGAUGUUUAACAUCCAGCUUUAGGAAAUCUAGUUUAAGAAGAUCUGGUCUGAACAGCUGAAUCAUGAAUUUUUUUAAAUUUGUUUCUGAAAGGAAUACGAAGGGUGCUGUAAAAUAUAGCAACUCUUUCUAGAGUUUUCCUCAGUAGUAUUUAAAAUGCAGAGACCACCUUAAAUAUAGGUACUGCUAGCUUUUAAUCGUCAUUAUAAUACCAAAGCAUGUCUAACAUGUUCUAACAAGUGUUCUGAACACCUCUGACGGUCCUUUUCUCAUCCCCACAAGAGGUAACAAUGCAGUUUGCCUGUUACUCUUUAGUUACAGACUUCAAAGAGUUCUGACCUGGCUGAAUAGGAAGAAUUGGGCCCCUGGCGUGGGGGAGGAGGCUGGGGAACAGGGAGAAAAGAGAGACAAAGUACCCCUAAAUACUUGUCUGAGGUGUAUUUUUUUCAAACCAUUCCCAGCUGUGGAGCCCCUGUAAUUUCAUAAGAGGCAGGCAAGCAGAGAUUUCUAAGCAGGAAAAUAGUUAAUGAAUGAUGUGUAGAGCUUAAAAUAGUGUCUGAUUGGUUUGAAAUGGGAAAAAAAAAGGGUGUUUGGUUAAAAGGAAUAAUAGAUAUGCCUGCAUAAUCAUUUUUACACUCUUAAGGAAAUCUACUGCUGAUCUUCUGCAAGUGUUUGUCACUAAAUAACCAUCUGAUGUUCUUUUGUCACAUCUUUCUGUAACAAGUAAAGUUUUCUUUCUUUUUCUUGUAAUGACUGUUAUUUUUUCUUCACAAAUACAUACACUGCUAUUUUAGACUACUAUUAAUUUCCUGGCAUCCCUCUCCCCUGGCAGGGAGAAAUGAUACCAUGAUACAGACAAAACACCACGUGUUUGACUUCCUACUCCUUUUCCACCCCCUCAAAACUACUCUUAUACUAUGAAAACUGGUAUAUGGCAAACUUUAGCUGAAUAUCCUUUACAGUUCAUGGGCAGAGUGCCCAUAAAACAAACAGCAUUACUUUUUACUACUAAAUAAUGUUGAACGUGGCCCAACACUAUGAUAGAUUUACUCUGUAGU